AUGCACUGUCCUUUGCGAGUAUGUCACAACCCGAGUUCUACUUUCAGCACAGAGCUGAAGAAAUCUCAUUUUCCUGCUAUUUUUAAAGAUUUUGAUCCAACCUAUUAUCAUUCAGAUGUAUUAGACGGUGCAUCGAAAAUAGAAUUGCUCUCUGAUGCUCGACAAUCAAAUUUCGACAGGCAAGCAAAGCUUAUGCGGACGCCCAACGAUAUCACUUCACCUCUCGCCACUAGUUCCUUAGCCUCUCCCGUGGUGCCUAAAAAUACUUGCUCCAGGCUUAUGUCUGAGACAAACUAUAGCAAUAAUUGCAAACAAUCUUUCCAGAAGUCGACACGAACACAGCCAAAUCGAAUUCAGUGCAGUCAGAAAAGUCAACAGGAAAAUUUGAAUUUAUUUGACUCGCAGCAUACGCCAUAUGGAGACACUAGGAUGCCUAUGGUCCAUACAUCAGAGGGAAACAAUGAUGUAUAUGGGCAUGCUCUGUCUUCUGUCAAUGUAAGCUACUUCAUAUACUGUGUUGUUUUCACUGGUGUCAUUGUAGAGAACAUGGCUGCCUGA